CGGGUCCCGCCGCUGCGCCCCCGCCUCCGCGCGCCGCGCGCCAUGGACGCCCUCCAGGAAAAAGUGGCUCUGGACGCGCGCGCCUGAGGAUCCCCCACGCAGGAGGUGCCCACCAUGAAGACCCUGAUGCGCCACGGUCUGGCUGUGUGCUUGGCGCUCACCACCAUGUGCACCAGCUUGUUGCUCGUGUACAGCAGCCUCGGCGGCCAGAGGGAGCGGCCCCCGCAGCGGCGCCAGCAGCAGCAGCAGCAGCAGCAGCAGCAGGCGGCGGCCGGCAGCGCGCCCCCGGCGGCCGAGAGCAGCCCCCCCUCCCGGGCCCGGGCCCCCGCCGCGCCGCGACCGCUGGACGGAUACCUCGGCGUGAGGGACCGCAAGCCCCUGAAAAUGCACUGCAGGGACUGUGCCCUGGUGACCAGCUCGGGGCACCUGCUGCGCAGCCGGCAAGGCCCCCAGAUAGACCAGACCGAGUGCGUCAUCCGCAUGAAUGACGCCCCGACCCGUGGCUACGGGCGCGACGUGGGCAACCGCACCAGCCUGCGGGUCAUCGCGCAUUCCAGCAUCCAGAGGAUCCUCCGCAACCGCCACGACCUGCUCAACGUGAGCCAGGGCACCGUGUUCAUCUUCUGGGGCCCCAGCAGCUACAUGCGGCGCGACGGCAAGGGCCAGGUCUACAACAACCUGCAGCUCCUGAGCCAGGUGCUGCCCCGGCUGAAGGCCUUUAUGACCACGCGCCACAAGAUGCUGCACUUCGACGAGCUCUUCAAGCAGGAGACGGGCAAAGACAGGAAGAUCUCUAACACUUGGCUCAGCACUGGCUGGUUCACCAUGACAAUCGCACUGGAGCUGUGUGACAGGAUCAAUGUUUACGGCAUGGUGCCCCCCGACUUCUGCAGGGACCCCAAUCACCCUUCAGUACCUUAUCACUAUUAUGAACCUUUCGGACCUGAUGAAUGUACAAUGUACCUCUCCCACGAGCGAGGACGGAAGGGCAGUCAUCACCGCUUCAUCACGGAGAAACGCGUCUUUAAGAACUGGGCACGGACAUUCAACAUUCACUUUUUUCAACCAGACUGGAAACCAGAGUCACUUGCUAUAAAGCAUCCUGAGAAUAAACCUGUCUUCUGAGCAAUGCGUGUGCCAGACCGAGAUCCCACGUACCUACUGUAUCAGACGCCAGGGCACUGGACGUCCUGAGCCACCAGACACAAAAGAGGGACCAGACUGGAAGCAGGAAACUCCUCAGUAAGCAACAUGUACAGAUGCCUCUGAGGCGUGACUACAAAGCAGUGCGGUUGGUGUGUAAGGAGAAAAUUCAAGAAUUAAUAUGUCCCCAUGAGUGUCAUUCCUCUCAAAAGGGACCUUCGGAGCUAAACACUCGUUGCAAUGAUGCUGCCAUGGCUAGAAGAACAUUCUGGAUCUCUUUAAGUAUUGCCUUCAAAACCGAAACACGAGCAACUCAACAACGUUAGUUGUGUUCCUUUAUAGAAAUACCACAUCGAAAGACAUUUUUCUAUCAAGUUGUAUCCUAACCUGAUCUAUAAUCUUUGUCAUCCGUUGGGCUCUGUAUGUGUGAUUUGUAAAAAGCAGUCCGAAAGUCUGGACAUGAUUUCUGAAGAGCACAUCUCCACUGACUUCAUAAAGCAAAUGCCCACUAUUUAUUUAUUAAGAGUUUUUUAGCGUACUCUAGGCCAGUAUUUUUAUAGAUGUUGAUUAUGUGCUAAUCUUUCCUUCUUAGCUCUUUAACCCUGAAUGAUGCUUGGAAAACACCUAGAGAUGGGGCUGAUGAGUGACUACGCUCACGAUGCUCAUUGUUAGCAUGUGGUUGGCUUGGAAAUGUGACAUUGCAUUUUUUUGAACCCUUAGGCUUCAAGAAUAGCUGUGACAUUUUCUAACGUAAAAUGCUCCAGAUGACAAAACUGAUAACCAAAAACGGUGUUAUUACAACAAAAAGAUACAUCUUCAGUAAUAGUUGGUGUAGGCUCCUUGGCGUAAACCCUAGUUUCCUUGUCUGAGAAUCAUGCCCCUGUACCAGAUGACUGCGUUAAGUCUCCUUCCAAAUCUAACAUUCUGUAAGCCUCUCGACCCGUUUGAGGGCAUUGCACUCGGAAUGAUGGGGUUUCCGCAGUAGCAAAAGCCUGAUUUUAGGGGGUCUUUUUAUUCCCCUACUAUCUAUCUCCCUCUGUGGUUAAACACAUAACUUCCUCAACUGGUCCCCAUUGGCUACAGUCUACCCCCUGCAUUUCUGGUAUUUCUUGCACCCAAAGAGGGGAUGAGGGUUGGGGGAAAAAAAAAAAAACCUGAGAGAGAGAAAGAGAGCCUCUGUGUGUUGGUCCCUGGCUACAGGAGCAAGGAACAGCCCUUCUGAGAGUCUGUGAGAAGAGAACCCAAGUCCCUAUCAUACGACUCAUUUAUCCCGUGAACUAUUCAGAUUCCCUCGGUGCAAGUCUUACGUGGUAGUCCUAGCCAUUCCCUGGUCUGGAGGAGUAAGAAGGACUCCUUCUAUUCAGAGCCAAGAUACCAGUAUGAAAUAGGACAUUCAUUUAAGCAAGUGAUAUUCUUCAAAAAUAGUCUUUUUAAAAAUAUACCAGUGUGUCUUUUUUUUUUUUUUUUUACACAUGACUUAGAAGGCAUGUGGUUUUUCUGACGCGAAGGCACCAGCACGUAUUACGUAUGGAGACCAACGUUGUUUUACAGAAUGUGACCUGACCUGGGAUUAAAGAUUUCUCACAUUGCCACUUCCUUUGCCUUUCCUUAAUUAGUCCUAAGAUUCCUUUCCCUUGCACUAACUAGUACUACUAAUUUUAGGGAGUACUGUGGUUGGAUGCAAACACGGUCCGGAUAUUUAUAUGGCAGGAACAAAGUUGGGAUUAUUGUGGUGUAGCUUGAGCUGUUAAAAGCCAGUACAAUUCAAAUGUAUGUAUUUUUUUUUAAUUUUCUCAUAGUUUUAAAAGAGACUGUAGCAUUUUAUUCCAGCACAAUCUCUUCUGCAGCAUGGACUCUGAACACACAAUACUUUAUGAACAUAUGAAAAGGAGUAUGAAUUUCAUGAUUGAUUUCCUGGCUACCUUUACCAUCACUUGAAGACGUUAUGUUGUUCAGAUGUAAGUAGCUCCUUUAACAAGUUUUAUUUUUAUGGAAAUUUGGAAAGGCAUAUUUGGGACAUGCAAAAAUGUAGCUAAAUUACCUAAUCUAAUAAUAUCUCAAAUGCCUGUGUUAUCUUUAGGUUUUA